AUGGCCUCAGAAAAGCUAGGCGCCACCAUAGAGAAUGUCUGGAUGAAAACCAAACAAACCAGGCCGUAUGCUCUCCUUUGGACAACUGCAGUCGCACUGAAAUGGCCCCUGCUCUCCCCAGUGGCUCCUCGUAUUGCGCUUAUUGGCUUCAAAUACUGCCAACCACUGUUGCUGGCGAGCGUGGUCAAUUAUGUGCAGCUCCCAGAUACAGACCGUGACAGAAAUGCCGGCUAUGGUCUGAUCGGAGCGACAGCCAUCGUGUACGUUGGGAUUGCAUGGACUUACAAUCUCAAAGUAUACCGGUCCACCGUCAUGAUACGCGGCUCGCUUGUGAGCAUAGUCUACCGCAAAACCUUGAGACUACAUCUGAAUGAAGCGAAAUCUUCCGCCGCGUUAACUCUAGCUAGUUCGGAUGUGGAUCGGAUUGGCCUGACAGUUGAAAGUGGCCAUGAGAUUUGGGCCAGUAGUAUUGAAACCGUAUUAGCCCUCGUGCUGCUGCAACGACAAUUAGGCUGGGCCAAUAUUGCUCCUGUAUUGCUCGCUUUGCUGGCUACCGCUGCAAAUACGCGAAUUGCAAAGUAUGUUCCACGGCGCCAACGGGAAUGGGGCGCUGCGAUCCAGAAGCGGGUAACCCUCACAUCAUCAGUCCUCAGAAAUAUGAAAAGCGUCAAGAUGAUGGGCCUGCAGGAGACCAUUGCUCGGACGAUCCAAAGGGCCAGGGUAUAUGAGUUGGAUCUGUCAAAGCGCUACCAGAGUUUCUUUGCCUACAUGGCCAUUAUCUCAACCAUACCUUUACAAUUCUCUGCAGCGUUAGCUUUUGUCAUCUAUAUAUAUGGUGUCAAAUCACACCAUGGGCAUGACUCUGUCGCAGCACAGAUCUUCGCCUCACUCUCACUGACCCAGCUGCUCGCUACUCCAUUGCAAAAAGUCUUAUCUUCCAUUCCGUCAUUUGCGGGGUCCCUUGGUUCCUUCACACGUAUCGAAGCUUACCUCCGGCUUGAUGAUCGUGUUGAUAGCAGAGAUACCAGCUUUGCAGGUAUCCGAGAACCCCCGAAGGAGCCAAUUGUACACGGAAACCAGCUUGAAUUGGGAAACCUGGGAGCACCAGGGACGAGCACGACUACGGGCAAACAUGCAAUUUCCGUGCGAGAGGCGGAUAUUUCCUAUUCCGCGUACUCGCAUCCAAUCCUCCACAAACACAAAUUUGAGAUUCGGAAAGGUCUUUUGAACGUAGUCAUCGGCCCUGUGGGCUGUGGAAAGACCACGCUGCUAAAUGCCCUCCUCGGCGAGAUUACGAUCUCCAGUGGCAAAGUGCUGGUAGAUGAUUCUCCAAUUGCCUAUUGCCAGCAAACUCCCUGGCUCCUAAAUGCCUCCAUCAAAGAGAACAUCCUGAAUCAAUCUCCGUACGACGAGACCUGGUAUAAGACGAUGAUUUGGUCCUGCGGACUGACGGAAGACAUUGAACAACUGCCUAAUGGAGAUUAUACCAUUGUUGGAAGCCGGGGAGCAAGUCUAAGCGGUGGACAGGAACAGCGACUGGCGCUCGCCCGGGCAGUCUACGCCCGAGCACCGUUAGUCGUCCUGGACGAUACCUUGAGUGCUCUCGAUGCGCGAACUGAGAAACUGGUUUUUGAUCGUCUGUUGUCCAAAACAGGGCUCUUCCAGCGGCUUGGAGCGACGGUCAUCCUGGUGACUCACUCAGUGCAGCAUCUUCGAUCAGCGGAUAAUAUCAUUGUAUUGGAUUCAAAAGGACGUGUCGCGCAACAUGGCUCAUUCAGAGAGCUUAGUGGUCGAGAGGGACCAGUGCGACGCCUGUUAGCUGAGUGUCCUCCUGACAAGAGCAGUGCGGAAAAUAACGCCCCGGAGCCAGCUUCUGGUUCAGUUUCUUCAAGCCGAGCUCAGAGGGAAGCAAAUGUGUCAUUGCCGCAUGCUGCUGCUGUAGAAAGGAAGGCUAUAUCUGAUUCCGCCGUCUUGAUCUAUUACUUGAAGUCCAUCGGAUGGUAUCGGGCGUCGAUAUUUCUUCUUACAAGCCUCGCAUAUGUGUUCUGCAUCAGCUUCACCCAGAUAUGGGUCCAGUGGUGGACGGAAUCUAAGAAUUCCAAUGAUGGCUCCUUCUUAGGGGUCUACUUUGCUCUGGCAGUUGGUGCCAUUGCGAACUAUAGUUCGUCCAUCUGGUGCAUGAUGAUCUCUAUUGUGCCCAUUUCGGCAGCAAAACUGCACUGGGAGCUCCUUGACUCUGUUCUUCAUGCGCCCAUGUCAUUCUUCUCGUCUGUAGACUCGGGGAUCACCCUCAACCGGUUCAGUCAGGACAUGUCGCUGAUCAACAGCCGCCUACCUGUGUCUACAAUGCAGGCAACGCCGCUGGCUUUCCAAGCGCUAGCACAGAUCGUCCUUAUAGCCGUUGGGUCUACCUACCUGGCCAUUGCGAUUCCCUUCUGCCUCGGUACGACCUGGGCUCUACAACGAUUCUACCUCCGCACGUCGAGACAGCUUCGCUUACUCGACUUGGAACUGAAAUCGCCCUUGUUCUCAAGCAUUUCCGAGGCCCUCGAAGGUCUCCCGACUAUUCGCGCCUUCGGCUGGGAGGAGAAAUUCGAACGACGUAAUCAGGAUCGGUUGGACGCCUCGCAGCGGCCAGUCUACCUCCUCUACUGCAUCCAGCGCUGGCUGAAUUUUGUCCUGGAUCUCAUAGUGGCAGCACUGGCUAUCCUGCUAGUCAGCCUGGCAACUCAGUUGCAGAGCAGCACGAGCGCGGGCCGUCUAGGUGUUGCGAUGCUCAACAUCCUCGGCUUCAGCCAGAGUUUGUCCCAGUUCAUCUUCUUCUACACGGACUUGGAGACGUCGUUACAAGCGGUUUCCCGGGUCAAGGAGUUUGUGGAAACGACCGUCUCGGAAGAAGCGAGCCGCUGGUGUCUGACUGCGCAACCAGAAAACUGGCCUGCUCGCGGCGCGGUGGAGUUUCGUGAUAUCACGGCUUCAUAUGCUACUGGCACGGACAAUGCUGUGCUCAAGGGUGUCUCCCUAGCCAUCCAGCCUGGACAAAAAGUCGGAAUAUGUGGCCGGACAGGCAGCGGCAAGUCCUCCUUGCUUUCUGCCUUGUUCCGCAUGAUUGAACUCCAGAGUGCCAGCAUUACCAUUGACGGAAUCGACCUCAGCAGCAUAUCCCGGCAGGAGGUGCGUUCACGGUUAAUUGCAAUCCCACAGGAUCCCUUCUUGCUCCCCGGGACAGCCCGUUUCAAUGCGUCGCCCGACGAAACAGUCGCAGACAACCAAGUCAUCAAAGCCCUUGACAAAGUCGGACUGUGGGAGCACGUCCAGAUGCGCGGUGGCCUUGACACCGAUAUUGAUAUUCUGGCUCUGUCGCAUGGCCAGCAGCAGCUCUUUUGCCUUGCGAGGGCAAUGCUGAGGCCCGGCAAUAUUCUCGUACUGGACGAGGCGACUAGUAAUGUUGACUGGGGAACCGAUGAGGUUAUGCAACGGGUUAUUCGGGAGGAGUUUGCGAAUAAGACGAUUAUCACUGUUGCGCAUCGCUUGAGAACGAUUCUGGAUAGUGAUUUGGUGGUAGUCCUCGGCGAGGGACGUAUUCUUGAGGCAGGUCAUCCGGGGCAACUGCUGACGAGUCGAAGCCAAUUUUGGGAAUUGUGUAGUGCUCAAGGCAUCACCAUUGAUAGCAUCUGA